GGGCCGGUUCCGGGGCCGGGCCGGGCCGGGUCACGCAGGCAGGAGCGGAGCGGGCCGCGGGCAGCAGCGCCAUGCCGUUCGUGGAGCUGGACACCAGCCUGCCGGCCGAGCGGCUGCCGCCGGGGCUGGCCCAGACCCUGUGCGCUGCUACCGCCGACAUCCUGGGCAAGCCGGCGGAGCGGGUGAACGUGACGGUGCGGAGCGGGCUGCACAUGGUCCUGUCGGGCUCGGCCGAGCCCUGCGCCCAGCUGGUCGUCUCGUCCAUCGGCGUGGUGGGCACGGCGGAGCAGAACCGGCAGCACAGCGCCCGCUUCUUCGACGUCCUGACGGCGCAGCUGGGACUCGGCCCCGAGCGGAUUGUCAUCCGUUUUUACCCACUGGAGCCCUGGCAAAUCGGCAAGAACAGGACAGUCAUGACAUUCCUGUGAUCCUUGGAGUGGCCAGCUGGAAUGAAGCAAUGAUGAAGGCAACCCAGAGAUGAUCAGCUCUGUCUAUCUACUUGUUUCCCCUUGUGAUCAAAUCUGUGUAACUCAAUUCACUUUUGUUUUUGUAUGCUAUACACACAAAGCUCAAGAAUGAGGCCAUCAACCUUACUGAUUUUACUGAAAUAGUUCUAAGUCUUUGUCUCAAGCUCAGGCCUAGACAGAGCUGCUUGUAGCAAUAAAUUUUUAAUUCUAGAACAUUUGGCUUAACUCAGGACCAAAGAGGUUCUGAGGUUUAUCUAGUUUUUAUCAUAGUUUGCAAGGCAGAAAAAUUAAUUUUCUCUGUUUCUCUGUGGCACAGAAGGGUCUCAGGCCAGCAAAGAAGACCUGGAAGUCAAAUUCCUUUCUUUUUCAGGCUCUUCUGAAAGGCCUUUCUGGAAAGAGGUGAUUAUUGAGAGAAAAGUUUAGGUAUUGAAGGUUCAUGUCAGAUCUUGUGCUCUGCCAUUGCUCCUCCUACAAAGUAUUACUUGUUCACAAGGUUUUCAGGGCUCAAAGUCUGUCUGCUGAUGGCAAUGUCUGGAGGAGAGAGUCACUUCUGAAGACCUGCACUGUGCCACCAGAAAAUAUUUUGAAGUUUCUGCUACUCCCAGUUUUAAUUGCUGUUAUUCACUGUUUGUUCAGGGUCCUUUUCCUUGCUGUUUUGGGGUGAUACAGCGUCUCAUUGUGAUCUGUGGCUGAUGUUUCUGCCUCAGUGUCCUUGCAGAGAAAUGUUUCGGGUUUUUAGUACCCAUAUACUCCCUCACUUUGUAACUAGAAUACACAGGGCAUUUUAUUAAAACAAGCAGGGUACUUUUUGUGUACGUUGUCUCUGCCUUCUGCUGCUAAGGAAAAUAUUUAUCAAUUCCCUUUCACUUUGUGGCUUGGUCAGGUGGAUCUCAGGAAGCUCAGCAGAGCUGAGAACACAUUCCUGGGACAUGGAGGUCCAUGAGAACACAAGGCUGAAGGGGAUUCUGUGCUCCUUCAUCAUUCUAAAUGGUUUUAUUUGUUCAUGGCUUGAGGUACUAAGAUUAUUGAGAGUAUUCCCUCUAAUUACUAUUUAGAAGUUGUUUGCCCUGUAUACACUGUAAACAAUUUCUUCUAUGUUUGACAAAUCUGGCAGGAAUAUAAUACCAAACACAAAUUACUGUAUCAGGCUGGGGUGCUACACCUUAUCUGGUUAAUAAACUCUUGCAAAGCUUC